AUGUUUCACCGACGUCGCCCAGCUACCGUAACCACUCGCACCACCAAGCCUACGUUGAUGACCAAACUCAAGGGGCGAAAUGCGAAAUCGCGCACCGUCAAAACCACAACUACAACACACCCAAAUCCAGCCUAUACUGGCCAUACUGGCCAUACUAGCCAUUCAGCUAAAAGAGGUCCUACUGGAGGUCGUCUUGGUCAUAGAAACGCCUAUGGAACUGGAACAGCUACCCAUACUCGCCAUCAGCGCAAACCCUCCAUGGGCGACAAAUUCUCUGGUGCUAUGUUGAAGCUGAAAGGAAGUUUGACCCAUCGCCCUGCAGUCAAGGCUGCUGGAACCCGCCGCAUGCAUGGCACUGAUGGACGCGGCUCACACCGUGUCUACUAA